AUGCCCUUGUCCCUCUCCGCCACCCCGCAUGCCUUCCUGGGUAUCAGAAAAGAGGCAGCCUCAGGGCUGACUCACCACAAGGUCAAUCUUCAGGUUUGGGGACAAACUGCAGAGAAAGCUGGGAAAUGUCCAUUGCACUGUUGGCUGCCUCUUCUUCCCUCUUGGUGUGAGAGGUAUCACAGAAGGCUGUUCACUGAAUCUGUGUCUCUUGAGUUGUGUAUGUGUGUGUGUGCACGCACACACUCCUGUGUAGGUAACAGGGUCGUGCUGUCCUCCACCCCUGCCAGCCUCUUACCUGAAAGUGGGGAGAGCAGCACUACUUUAUCAGGGGUUUACUUUUUGUGUUUCACCAAAGCUCCUGGGGGCCGGGACCCACCCUCACAGCCCCAGCCUUUUUCUUUCUCUUCUGUUCUAAAGCCACUGUCUCAUUCAUUGACACCUGACCUACCUAAUCAUUUGUUCACUUAG